CGGCCGACACCUCCAAUGCACAAGGUGUCUUGUCUUUAAAGAAACCUGAGCCCCAGGGAGGCGGCGCGGAGCUACCCCGCAGGGCUGGCGCGAACCGGGAGGGAGAGCGCUGGGCAGCGCUGGAGCAGCAACGGGAGCCCUGCCACAGAGGACCCUCGAGACCUGCUCCUGAGAUCCCGGCUCCACGAUCUCCUCGCAUUUUACAGAUUCAGCCCCUCAUCCCCCGAGACGAUAUCUCCCAAAACGGAGCUUUUAUAUCCAGAGAAGGUGCCGGUGCUGGGGCAAUCAGGACUUUCCCGGGCACCCAAGAUGCGUUCCAUUAGGAAGAGGUGGACGAUCUGCACGAUAAGUCUGCUUCUGAUCUUUUAUAAGACAAAAGAAAUAGCAAGAACUGAGGAGCGCCAGGAGACGCAACUCAUCGGAGAUGGUGAACUGUGUUUAAGUCGAUCACUUGUCAAUAGUUCUGAUAAAAUCAUUCGAAAGGCUGGCUCUUCAAUCUUCCAGCACUCUGUAGAAGGUUGGAAAAUCAAUUCCUCUUUGGUCCUGGAGAUAAGGAAGAACAUUCUUCGUUUCCUAGACGCAGAGCGAGAUGUCUCAGUGGUCAAGAGCAGUUUUAAGCCAGGUGACGUCAUACAUUAUGUGCUUGACAGGCGCCGGACACUAAAUAUUUCUCAGAAUCUGCAUAGCCUCCUACCUGAAGUUUCACCAAUGAAAAACCGUAGAUUUAAGACCUGUGCGGUUGUUGGAAAUUCUGGCAUCCUGCUAGAUAGUGAAUGUGGAAAGGAGAUCGACAGUCACAAUUUUGUAAUAAGGUGUAACCUUGCUCCCGUGGUAGAGUUCGCUGCUGACGUGGGGACGAAAUCAGACUUUAUCACCAUGAACCCAUCAGUUGUGCAAAGAGCAUUUGGAGGCUUUCGGAAUGAGAGUGACAGAGAAAAAUUUGUGCAUAGACUUUCCAUGCUGAAUGAUAGUGUCCUUUGGAUCCCUGCUUUCAUGGUCAAAGGAGGAGAGAAACACGUGGAGUGGGUUAAUGCAUUGAUCCUUAAGAAUAAACUGAAAGUGCGAACUGCCUAUCCAUCAUUGAGACUUAUUCAUGCUGUCAGAGGUUACUGGCUGACAAACAAAGUUCCCAUCAAAAGACCCAGCACAGGUCUCCUCAUGUAUACACUUGCCACAAGAUUCUGUGAUGAAAUUCACCUGUAUGGAUUCUGGCCAUUCCCUAAGGAUUUGAAUGGAAAAGCCGUCAAAUAUCAUUACUACGAUGACUUAAAAUAUAGGUACUUUUCUAAUGCAAGUCCUCACAGAAUGCCAUUAGAAUUCAAAACAUUAAAUGUGCUGCAUAACAGAGGCGCUCUGAAACUGACAACAGGAAAGUGUGUAAAGCAAUAAAGCACAUUUGAAAACAGACAAGCAAACUGCAUAUGCGCUUCUUUUCUGAAGAUGCUUCCUAAGAUUUGAAAAAUAGGAUCCAAAACAAGACUGGGUUUCAGCAUCCACUAAUUACCUGAAAGGUGAUAAAGGGCAUCCAUGAGAAAUCCACUACCAGCUGAUGAAAUAUCUGCAAAGUGCUCUGAACAUUAAACAUUUUGACUUCAAGGGUCCUAGUAAGUGCCACUUCCACUAAGAACACAGUUUGAAUGUAUAAUUAGUAGUGUUUACAAGAUCCAACAAUGCACUCGUCGUAGUUAAUGAAGCAAAUAUGUUCAUCGCUGUUGGGCUGCCACUGCGACAACAAGCACAUGAGAAGAGGAACCCAGGAACACAACUCAGCCCAUGGGGAAAUGCACCACCCUUGUCAGCAGAUACAAAGAUGGAAACGGUUUGAGCAGUGAAACUCAUAAGAUUAAACAACUCAAGUAAAUGCCUUCAGUCAGGACUCUGAGUCUGAUCAUGAAUUUUCUGUUUCUGUUCUGUUUUUGUUUGUCCUCUGGAAACUCUUUUGGUUUGGGAACUGGGGUGCUUAGAAAUCCUUUCUAAGAUGCAUAUGAAUCAGAUAAAUAACCUUCAAGAAAUCAUUUUUAAAGUUCUUAUAUUUUU